UGUUUCUGGAUUAUCAUCUCACUGAGGACAGCAAAAUUCAUCUGAUCACCUUAGAGAACUACAACAUGGCAGCUUCAGCACAGAUGAGGAUAAGUUGAGCAGCAUGCAUUGUAAACCAAGGGUAUUGACCUUCAGAAGAAUGGCUCUAUGGUUUCUCGCGACCAUUAGCGUUGUGACAGCUUCUACAACAAAGACGGAGCAGUGCAUAAAUUAUGGUGUUGAGUUCAUGCCGUUCUCUGAUGUAUUAUUUAAUGUAGGCAAUUGGUCUCAUUCCUUUGAGUUAAAAUUAAAUUGAUGUAAUACCAACAAGGUUGACGCUUUGUCCAGAUGGACAGAUUGGUGACAAUAAGAUAAUUAAUCCACUUUGUAAAAUAUGCAUGGAUAGAUGAUGCAAUACGCACUUUAUCGACAUUAAAGAAUCAAACAAUACGUGACUUAAGAUUCACCCUCAAGACAAUAUUAUAUAUGAUGCCACGAAUUAAGUUGCGAAGUAUUAAAUCGAAAACCAGAAGUAAAAGAUCAUUGUUACCAACAGGGAAUUUAUUUAAAAUGCUGUUUGGAGUUUCUAGUGAGUCAGAUGUUAUGAAUUUAAGAAAUUAUGUUGACAGUUUAAAGAAGGAGACAGUUAAUCUGUUUACUAAGCAAGAGCAUCAAAUGUCCUUGUUUAUCACCACAGUAGACAGUAGAAUAUAUGGAAAACAUGAAAUCUGCCAUUGCAGAAAACCAUCAAAUUGCAAAGAAAUUAAGUUUUGAUUUGAACAUUUAUGCUAAAAAUAGUGAAUUAGCAGUGGUUAUGUCAAGAUUAUUUGCACAUAAGGAGAUGGCGAAUUUUCAAUUAUUAUUUUAAUUUCAAAAUUUAUUAAUAGCAUGCAUUCAGCUGACAAAAGGACAAUAGUCAUCAUUUUAGUUCCACCAGAAGAAUUAGGUAGGGUGCUUACCAGAAUUAAAGACAAGUUACGUAAGAUGCCAAUCCCAAUGAAGCUUAUUCACUCUAAUCCGAGAUCUUAUUUCCAUCAUGCUCAAUUCACAUACGGUUUGUACAAACGUUCAUUGUAUAUAACUCUUCAAAUCCCCGUAGCAUCUAAUCCACAUGUUUUGAAAGUGUAUGAAGUAAUUACAUAUCCAGUUCCGCUUAAUCAAUCCACAAAUCACGCAUCUCAAAUCCUCUACCUUCCCAAAUAUUUUGCAAUUACAAAAGAUAGGCAACAUUAUGCUAUUCCUGCGUAAUUUACUUGGAGACAUUGCAAAGGUAGCCAUUUUAAACUUUGCGUUAUAAUAUCCCACUAAUGUCUGCAACUCAGCCAGACUGUACUCUUACACUGUUUUUUAGAGAUUUCAGAUGAAAUUCAUCUGCUUUGCAAUUUUCGAUUCAUUCACAAUGCAAUCAAAACACAGAUAAGAGAUGUUUUGAUGAGUCAGUUACUUUUAGUUAACAUAACUGACAUUACCCUGAAAUGCCCUAAAACGUCAACCUCUUUAAGUGGCUGUCAUUAUUGUGUCAUUCAAAUUCCUUGCUUUUGCAGUUUGAACUUAGACGGUUUUUAUCUCCCAACCCGAGUGGCAAGUUGUCAAAACAACACUGAGAUAACAAAGCUACAUCCUAUUAAUUUAGGUUUGUUGCAAUACUUUUAUUCACCAAUGCAAGUUGCCAAAAUCGGAAGCAACAAUUUAUUUAGUGAACUUUUAGGUUCGAAAUUGAAUGUUCUUCAGUUAUUUCAACAUAAUUUUUCCCAUUUCCUUGCAAAAGAUUCAGUUGAUCAUUUGAGCUUACAAAAAAUGGCUCAAGCAGCAAAAAGUCAGGAGCAAAUCUAUUCUAUGGCAGAUGCUAUUCUAGCAGACGAAAUAUUUCAUUCGGAUGAUUCUUCUCAAAUACUGGUUUGGAUUUCAAUAGGGUUGUCAGGCUUAUUGCUCGUGAUAAUAAUUGGCCUAGGUAUCAGGGUCAGGCAAUUGGCAUUAAUAGUGGCUUUGCUGAAAAAAGCACGUGGAAAUGAUAUAGUUCCUACUAUGCCGUAUUGGUUAUUAGAUAGCACAACAAAAACAAAUGAUAAGCUGAAGGAACUGGUUAUCAUGGAUUCAAUGAAAUUUCCUAUUUUAAUAAUGCAAAUUGUAAUUACCAUUAUCUUUUUGAUUUUCCUUGUGGAACAAAUCAAGAGAAAUUUUUUUAAAUCUAAGAGAAAUACUCUGGCUUUAGAGAUUUCCAACAAUGAACAAUGUAUAUCAUUGCCUAUCAGAAAGCUGUCACUAUGUCCAAAGUACUGGGUUUUUCAAAGUCACCAAUCAUACUUUGAUAUUUUAAAGGUUGAAGGUACCUACAGUCCACACCUAACAAUAGAUUGGCAUUGUCUGCAAAUUACAAACAUUAUAACUAAUGAAAUCGUUAUUUUGGAACGAGCUAUCCCAUUGUCCAUGUUCACAGCUUUUAAACUCAAAAAAUUACUCAAGAGUGUAUAAUAUGCAUUUUUGCGCAUUAAACAAGCUAAUGCACUUGUCUAUAUUCAGUUUGAACCAUUUGAUCACAAUGCAGAUUAAUUUUGUAUCCAAGUUGAAUUUGACUUGACUUGCUACAUGUCUAUAAUUAACAAAAUGCAUUGAUCUUUGCGAGGGGACUUUUGGUGUAAGAGGGUGUGUGUACUAUCACAGCAUUUUAAUGACUCUAUGAUUGAGUUUUUCUCAUUAUUACUUCAAUGAUUUAAGAAACUGAUCUAUGCACAUGUAUUAUUAUUAUUGAGAGUGUGCCAGACACACAGAACUAACAGGUUACCUAAGUCCUGAUUUUUUUUGUAAUCAUUAUGUACUAUUUUAUGAAUUAUGAUAACAUGAUUAUUUAUCUCUUACAUAUGACUUAUUAAUAAUCAUUAUAUUUUGUGUUAAUCAUGAUCAUUAUUAUUAGCAUGAUGUAUUUUACUUACUUUACAAUGUUAUGA